AUGAGUUUGGUACUUCCAAUUGUGUUCGGGGUUGGCGCUGUUGUUGUUUUAACAUCGGCUUUCGCACAUUUCGUGCUGGGCAGUAAGCCCAAACCUGCUAAAAAUAAAAAGCUUGUGACUCUAGUGGACCCAAACACAAAAUAUCCCUUACCUCUCAUUGAACGAGAAGAGCUAAACCAUGAUACAAGACGGUUUCGAUUUGGUUUGCCUACUCCGGAACAUGUUCUGGGUUCGCCUGUAGGCCAACAUAUUCUUUUAUCUGUUAAGAUAGACGGUGAACUCAUUAUAAGAGCAUACACUCCAGUAUCGAGUGAUGAAGAAAAGGGUUAUGUUGAUUUGGUUGUCAAGGUAUACUUUAAAAAUGUCCAUCCAAAUUUCCCUGAAGGAGGUAAAAUGUCUCAAUACUUGGAUAACAUGAAGCUCGGUGAAACAAUUGACUUCAAAGGACCAUCGGGAAGAUUACAGUAUGUAGGAAAUGGAUUGUUUUUAAUCAAGAAGUUGAGAAAAGACCCGCCUAUUAAAGUACAAGUUAAAAAGCUGAACAUGAUUGCAGGUGGAACAGGCAUUGUACCAAUGAUACAGCUCAUUAAAUACAUAUGUAAGGAUGCUAGUGAUUCAACGGAAGUGAGACUGAUAUUUGCGAACCGGACCGAACAAGAUAUUAUGUUAAGGGAUGAACUCGAAAAGUAUCAAAGUCAGCUUCCUGGACAAUUAAAGCUAUGGUACACGAUCAGUAGAGGAAAUGAAAGAUGGAAGUACAGCGUUGGUCACAUCAAUGAUGAAAUGAUCAAAGAACACCUAUUCCCCCCCGGAGAUGACAUCAUGGUGCUGAUGUCCGGACCCCCAGCUAUGAUAAACCUCACCUGUAUCCCGGCCUUAAAAAAACUAGGCUAUCCAGAAAACUCAUGUUUUGUUUACUAAGUUAAAAAAAAAUAUUUCUAGUGAAAUAUUUUAAUUUUAAUACAUGCGUUAUUAGAAUGUGAAUAUUGUAGAUAAUCGUAGCUGGUGUUAAAGACAAUAAAUGUUUAUAUAACUUUCAUUAA